AUGCAGUUCACCACCGCUGUCCUCGGCUUCCUCGCCGCCACCACCUCGGUCCUGGCCGCCCCCGCCGACCUCGAGGCCAAGCUCAUGACCGCCGUCGCCGCCCAGUGGACCGUCACCGACUUCACCCGCACCUGCAACGGCGACGACACCUCGUGCCACGUCUCGUUCGGCGUCAACCGCAACGACGGCUCGGCCGUGCAGAAGUGCGCCUACGACGUGACGGGCAAGCCCGCCUCGCGCACCGACUACAACAGCGUCGCCUGCGGCGUCUACACCAUCUCGUCGGGCUGGAGCGGCCAGUUCGGCGAGGGCAACGGCUUCACCACGCUCGCCGUCACCGACCGCAAGCAGAUCAUCUACCCGGCCUACACCGACAAGCAGCUCGUCUCCGGCCAGGUCGUCAAGCCCGACCAGAGCUACGCUCCCCAGGCUCUGCCUUAA